ACAUCAAAUUUGAUUGAGGAAAGAAAUAUACUAAAACUGUAACAAAAAUAUAUGAUGUCUUUUUAUUAAAAAUUUGAUUUUAGACUGUUAAAUAAAAUAAAUGUACCUAAAAUUCCUUUUUUUACUUAAAACUUAAUAAUGUUGCUCAACUCCAUCAUCAACAUACUAUUAUGCUUUAAUGGUUAUGUGAAUAGCAGAGAAAUAGUGGUAGCAACAUACAACUUGUGGAAUGUUAUGUACCACUGGGAAGUUCGAAAAUUAUACAUUUCAGAAAUGCUGCAAGAAAUUGAUGCUGAUAUAAUUGGCUUUCAGGAAGUAAGAGCCCAUAAAGACCUUGAGCACUCACAACUUGAUGAAUUGCAAUCAUUGCUACCUGUUUACAAGCAUAAACAUUAUGAACCAAUACAUCUCAUUGAGAAUGAAUUUUCAUCUCCUGCUGGGUGGGAGUGGGAGGGCAUUGGAUAUUUAAGUAAACACAAAGCGAAUUUUGUAGAUAGACUAAACUUUACUUUUUUAAAGAACAGUCCUGAUCAAAAUCAACGGUUAAUGCUAUACUCUCAGUUUUUGGUACACCCUAGUGACCAUGAAGUAAAUGUGGCUUUCGUACAUCUCUCCUAUGAAAGAUUACAACAAUGUUUAAAUGUUGCUGAGAUGUUACGUUAUUUGUAUGGCUCUGGUGUUGAGAACACUAUUCUUCUUGGUGAUUUCAACACAUACGCUGACUUCCAUUGGCCUGUAGAAGCUUUAAGUGCUGGACGAAUUAAUGAAGAAGCACCUUCUGAAUGUAAAGUGAUGGGAAAAGAAUUCGAUCAAAAACAAUAUCGAGGGUAUGGGUAUAAUUUUCUGGAUGCUUGGGGAUUGAUAAAUCCGAAUCACCAUGGAUACACUUUUAGUAACAUGCCUGUGCCUGGUUUUAUUAAUCGUCCUGAUCGCAUCAUGGCUUCAACUGCUGGUUUAAAAAUAAAUGGUGUUCUCAUCCGUGGAAAAGGCGCUAGAUACGCCCGCAGGUAUAGAGAUGUGCUAUGGCGUGCCCGCCUAAGUGCUGUCUAUAACGCUGCCGUCCAAAGAUCUUCUGGAAAGAACUGGGAUCGGAGCUGUGCAUGGGAUUGUGGCCCACAUGGUUCUUGUAGGUGUGGAAUAUGUGUUGCUGGUGGUGAUGAAAACAAUUGCAUGCUCUCAGAUUGCACCGAAUGCUCGUCUUCAAAACUAUCCACUCUCUACAUGAUUAUCCUCUUGCUUAUCCCAUGUUUUUCAUCAAUCCUCCUUUCAUUUACAGUACUUGUGCUUGGUAUAGCGAGACCAAGAAUAAGACGUUUAUGUAUCACGAAAUUCAAGCUGGGAAAGUUGAUCAGUAAAUAUUCGGUGGUUUUGUCUCUAUUUUGUAUCGUGUGUAUAUUUAUGUUUGUGCGGGUGAAUUACAAUGACGUGUUUAAUAUUGUUGCUUUGCAACUGGAGGAAGAACUUUACCCUUCCGAUCAUUUAAUGGUCAUAGCAAAGAUAAAUGUUUUAUGAAAUUUUUUAAGUUUUAAAAAUUUUCUGUUACGAAAUUUGUGAGUUUAAAUUGUAGUUUUUAUUCGUUUUUUUUUCGGGUUUUUUUUAUUUAUUUGUUUGUUUGUUUGUUUGUUUAUUUUUAUUAUUGUGCACCGUAUUUUCUCUACUUUGAAAGCAGCCUCUUAUGAUAUUUUUGAUGCAUGAGAUAUUUAUAAAAAUGACAUUACUAAACAUUUUACCAAAUCUUAUUUUUCGAACAAACAAAAUGAAUUAGACAGUCUUGGGUUGUUACAUUUCUAAUUAGCGCCCUAUUUUACGUUAGAGGGCGGUGCUAAUAAUGAAGGGCGCUUGGUGUAGAGAAAAUACAGUGUGAUAUUUAUUAGAUACUUUAAAAAAAGAAAUAUUUGAAAUUUUAAAAACGAAAAAUUAUUGAAUUAUUAUGAUAAAAAUAAUAUGUGGCGAAGAGUUGUAGACGUUGAAUUUAUUACGUUAGUUUUAUUGUAACAAAUGCAUGUAUUUAGGUGUAGUGUAUUUAGGAAAACAAGUGUCGAUAAAACAUUUUUAAGCAUGUUGUGCACAAAGUAUUGCUGUUGCUUUCAAAAAACUUGAAAAUGAUUGGCUUUUAUUGGAAUGCAAUCUGAAAAUUUUUGAACAUUUAGACAAUUCUUCGUAUCCUUGAAAGCAAUUUACCUAAAAAAUUACCUUAAAUUUUGAAUCCUAACCCACGCGUAGACAAUUUGCGCGUGUGGUCUGAGAGAGUUUUUAGUUUUUAUUAGUCUGUACAUACACGUAGAUUUUACAAGAAUUUUUAGUUGUAAAUAUUUCAGUAAUAUAUUUCAAAGAUUGGAAAAAACGACAAUAAUGUUUACGCAGCAUCCAAGAAGAGUAUAUGGUGUAAAACGUUGUAAGCGACUAAGCGAGUCAAAUAUAUUGUUGCCUCACUGAACUUUGUUGGGUUUCA